UGCGUAUAUUGGGAAAAGUCAAGUAUCAAGGUCACGUUUUUGAGGUUAAGUUAGUGUUGCUAGCAUGGUGCAGUGAUGUUAAAAAUAUAAUAAACAGCUACAUAAUAAACAAAAUUAAGUGGUACCCUGUUUUCAACUCUGUGUGAAGUUUAAGUUUUGUUUAAAAUGACUCUUGAAGUUGGUGAAAAUUUCCCUAGAGGAGGAAAGAAGCAUUUACCAGCCAACAUAGAAGCUACUUAUAAAGUCAAAAAUUUAUUUGCUACUUCAAACGAACCUGCUAAAAGUAAAACCAAGAAAAUUAAUAAGAAGAAACCUAAAAGUAGCAAUGGAGCCAACAUAGAAGAUAGUAUUUCUGCAGCUGUAGUAGAUCAGCUUAGUUAUAAUAAACUUCAAGAGGGUAUGCUUGUACUAGGUUGUAUAAAGAAUGUAAGUGAUCUAAAAGUAAAGGUUGAAUUACCAGGAAGAAUAUAUGGUAUUUUACAUAUAAAUUCUGUUUCCGAUGAAUUUACUAAAUAUUUAGAAAAUGCUGUUUCUGAAAAUGCAACUGAUAAGGAAGUAGUGACACUAAGCACUAUUUUUAGAAUAGGGCAGUAUAUUCCCACAAAAAUUUUAAGUGUAAUACAAGAAGACCAAAAUACAAAUGUAUUACUGUCAACUAAACCAACAGCAAUAAAUUUUGAAUUAAGCCAUCGGGAUAUUAGGCAAGGACAGCUAUUGUGGACAGCUGUUUUAUCUGUGUCUGAUCAUGGAUAUCAACUAACCAAUGGAAACAAAAAUUGUAGAAUAUUCUUACCAUUUGAUAAGCUAGAAGAAAACAGGACAUUAGUUAUAGGUGAACCCCUUUGGUGUGUUGUUGAAAAAUGUGAUCAAACUUCAACAGUAUCUACAGUGACUGUCACUGCUAUGAAUCAAUCAAUUUUAUCAGCUAAAGAAGUCGAAAGUGCUAGUUUAGAUAGAAUUGUACCAGGAAUGGCAUUUAGUUUGAUAAUAAAUAAGCAUGUGAAAUACGGCAUUGAAGUAAUUUUCAAUGAUAUGUGUACUGGAUAUGUUAAUGAACAUUAUUUCAAAAAAUGCUUAGAAUCUAAAACUAAUUAUCAAAUUGGAAAGACUGUUCUUGGGAGAGUUCUUUAUAUUCAACCAACAACAAAAUUAACAUACUUUACAUUGAAGAGUUUAGAAGAUGCCUCAGAGCCCCAUUUUCCAAUUGGAAGUGUAACAUUAGCUCAGGUUCUUAGUAUUUCUGGUGGAAUCGUUCUUAAACUUAAUGAAAAUAGAAGGGGUUUUGUUUCCCUAAAAAGAGUUUUACCUUCGUUAUCUCAAAGCGCCAAUACAAACGUUACCGAAUACGUUAAGAAAAAGUAUCUCGUGGGGUCUAAACACAAAUGCCGAAUUUUGGAUUAUCAUCAUUUGGACAAUGUUUACUUUUGUACAGUCCAAUCAAAUCUUAUUAAAGAAAAAUGGUUUUCCAUUAAAGAUGCAAAAAUAGGUCAAAUUGUUACAUCAAAAAUUAUAGAAAUAAAAGAAUCAGGAAUUCUAGUAACCUUUGGUUGUCUUAAGGGUUUCAUAAAAAAUUUACAUAUAACUAAUUCACAGUACAGUGACUACAUCAAGAAAAAAUUUUCCAUUGGUCAAAAAAUACAGGCAAAGAUAUGGAAUGUUGAUGAACAUGAUAAUAUUUAUCUUACUCUCAAACAAGCCUUUCUAGAAUCAGACAAAGUUCUUAAAAGUAGUGAAGAUGCUGUUGUUGGCGAAUCUUAUCCGGGGCUUGUUGUUAAAACUUACAAGGCAGGAAUUUUAAUUGUAUUUUACGGGGAUGUGAGAGGGUUUCUUCCUCAGAAAUAUUUAGAUGGUUUAGUAGCAGAAGAAGCUUUUCAUGUUGGCCAAGUGGUGAAUGUUGUUAUAAGUCAGAUAAGAAAUGACCAAAUUACAUUAAGUUUAAAUGUAUUGAAUGAGGGUAAACAACAAGCGAGAAACAGUAAAAAAAGACAAAAAAAUGUAGAAAAUUGUGAAACAUCAUCUAAAGAAAGUAGGACAAUUAAAAAACAGAAAAACAAAGCAGAUAAGAAAUGUAUAGUACAAGGUGAUACUGAACACAUGGAUUAUAAAGGAAACAGUACAGUUUCAGAGAAAAAAAUAAUUGGAGAUUCAACAGAAAAAAGUAGUAAAAAGAAAAGUAAAGGUCAAACAGUUGUUCGUAAGUCUCAAGAGGUGGAAAAGAAGAUGAAAGAGAAAAAUGCAGACCUUUCGGACGACGAGGGAAAUGUAUCUGUUGAAGAAGAAUUCAGUUUGAAGGAGGGAUAUGAUAACAGUUGGUUAAGUGAAUCUUUUGAUUCUGAAAAUGAAGAUCGUAUUUUGAAAAUAAAGACAAACAAUUUAAGAAAAAAAUCAAUUUCAAAGCAAGCAAACUCGAAAAGCAAGAGAGUAGGAUUACAAUCUGGAAAAGAAGUAAAAAAUACAUUAUUAGACGACGACGAAGGAAUUAGUUCUUCAUCAGAAAAUGUAGUAACAACUGAAAACAAAUUAAAAAAGGAAAAUCAGAAAGAACUGAAAGAUGGAAACAAAGCUUUGAGGAAAUCUCAAAAACUAAAAGUGGUGGAUCGUGAAAAUAAAAAUUCGAAAAGGAAGUUGCAGGAUGAGACUGCGGAUAAUGGGAAAGCAAAGAAAAUGAAAAUGAAUUCGCAAAACGAAAAAAACCUCAAGGUUCUUCUGCCGGGUGUUCAUGAUUUCUUUUCAGAUACGAACGUAUUGAAUAAAGAGAAAAAUGGAUCUGAUAGUGAAUCAGAUGAGGAAAAAGGCGAAGAAGAAAGUAAAAAAAAGCGCCUCACACCUGCAGAACGUAAAGAAAUUGCAAGAAAACAAGAGGAGGAAAUACGGAGGAAAGAAAUGGAGCUUUUAGAGGCAUCUGAGAAUCCUCAGAGUGCAGAUCAAUUUGAUAGGUUGCUUAUUGCUAACCCAAACUCAUCGAAACUUUGGAUUCAGUAUAUGGCUUUCCAUAUAGGGAAUACCCAAAAUGAUAGAGCAAGAGCGGUAGCAAGAAAAGCGAUAGAAACAAUCGAUAUGAGAGAAUCCCAGGAAAAAUUAAACGUUUGGUUAGCUUUAUUGAAUUUAGAAAACAGAUUUGGGGACAAAGAAUCAUUCGAUAAAACGUUUGAAGAAGCUUCUCGGUGCAACGAUUCGUACGAAGUGUACAUAGAAACAAUAAAAAUGCUGGCUGACUCGCAACGUUAUGCGGAAAUGCAAGAAAAAAUAAGAAGGGUCAAAGGGAAGUUUAAGCAAGAUCCACGAAUGUGGAUAGACAUAGCAAAGAUUUAUUACACAAGCGGAAGGUUCAGUGAUGCAAGGAACCUGAAACAAGGGGCUCUGAGGUCUGUGGUUAAUAAAAAAGAACAUGUAGAUUUAAUUACCAAAUUUGCCAUUAUGGAGUUUAAUUAUGGAGAACCUGAACAAGGCGAAGCUUUAUUUGAAACUAUUAUUCAAUCUGUACCCCAAAGGGUUGACGUCUGGUGUACGUAUGUUGAUCAACUUGUCAAGCAAAAUAAAAUAGAUUUAGCAAGGAGAGUCUUGGAUAACUAA